UCAAAUUUCCCAAAACAAUAUCUUCCUUCAAUCAUCAAGAAGAAAACAUUAUAACAACUUUUUAUUUUCCGAAUUUGUUGAAAUGGAAAGUGUGAUGAAGUUGGGAGGUGAAAGUCCAGUGGUCAUUUUCACUAAGAGUAAUUGUUGCAUAUCUCACAGCAUUGAGACCCUAAUUCGUAGUUUUGGUGCAAACCCUACGAUUUAUGAGCUUGAUGAACUUUCAAAUGGGAUGGAAAUGGAGAAAGCAUUGGUUGAAUUAGGGUGUAAGCCUAGUGUGCCAGCAGUGUUCAUUGGAAAAGAAUUAGUGGGUGGUUCAAAUGAGAUAAUGAGCCUUAAUUUAAGGGGUAAUAAGCUCAAGCAAUUGCUUAUAAGGGCUAAAGCCAUUUGGGUAUAAUUAAAACUAUAUAUUUGUCAUCGUUUAGAAAAAUAGAUAACAUAGCCAGUUAUUGAAUAUUUAAUAUACUGGUAGCUAGUUGUUGUCCUCUUUUCUCCCAUUUAAUUUAUACUUUAUGUACUUGUUAACUUAUUUUAAGCAAUAAUAUUGUUAUGUUGAUCACUUAAUUACUA